GUGUGUGUGUGUGUGUGUGUUUCCUUUAGUAAAUUAAUGUGAAUCAUGUUUGUGUGUUAUAGUGUGGAUCAUUGUGGAGAGUUCAGGAUUACAGCAGGAUUACACAAAUAUGCCUGUGAUCUCACACUGGAUCCAAACACAGCACACACUCGACUCAUUCUGUCUGAUGAGAACAGGACAGUGACGAGUGUGAAAGAGCGUCAGCCGUAUCCUGAUCAUCCAGAGAGAUUUGAUGAGUAUCGUCAGGUUGUGUGUGUAGAGAGUCUGACUGGACGCUGUUACUGGGAGGUUGAAUGGAGCGGAGAUGCUGGUAUAUCAGUGACAUAUAAAGGAAUCAGGAGGAAAGGAGAGAGUGAAGACUGUUUGUUUGGAUGGAAUGAUAAAUCCUGGAGUCUGAUCUACUUUAAUAACGGAUUCUAUGUCCGUCACAAUAAGAUCAGCACUGAUAUUCCUGUCGACUCUUCAUCCUCUAAGAGAAUAGGAGUGUAUGUGGACGUGUCGGCCGGCACUCUGUCCUUCUACAGCGUCUCUGACACACACACACUCACACACUUACACACACUCUACACCACAUUCACUGAACCCCUCUAUGCUGGAUUUGGGGUUUAUGAGAUUAACUCCUCAGUGUCUCUGUGUGACAUUAAACAGCGUCCUGAGAGAAACAACAGUGACAACAUAUGGAAAAAAUAUAGAUAAAUUUGACUAAAUGUUUAUAUCUGAAACUUGUAAGUAAUAUAUAUAUAAAACAGUCAGACAAGACACAAAAUCCUUAUUAAAAUUGUGUAUUAAAAUGAUGAUUUAAGAUAAUUUGGGAACUUAUAAUUACUAUAUAUGACCAUAUUAAAUCCAAAACAAUAUUCUUAGUAGAUACACGUAACAUCAAAGUUAUAUGAGUUGGGCAAUCAUUAGUGAAACCAAAAUCUUGGUAUAUUGUAUAAAAACCUUACAAGACAAUAGACGUAUGUAAAAUGUCACUUAUAUGAGACAUUAAAGUACAUGGAAAAGCUCAUGAUGAGAUGACCAAAAAUAAUGUAUAGCAUUUCUAAGAUUUUAUGACACUAGCACUGUCUCAGAUCAGAUUGUCUCAGAUUGUUUUUAGAUCACACUGUCUUCAAUCUCCAUUAGUGAUUUUUUCCAAAGAUGAUUACAUGGGUUAUAUUUGUUGUUAUUUAAGAUUUUAUGAGUAAUUCUAUCCAAUGAAAUAGUCAAAAAUGAUUGUUUAUUUACAGUUAGAUUUUCAAGUUCUUGUGUAUGCAGCAAAUAUUCAAAAUUGGCAUGUAAAAAUAAAAAACACCCAGUUACUCUUUU